AUGGCGGCCGCCGUCUCCGUUCCCCUCCCAGCUCAUGCUCUCGCCAUGGACGUCCCCCGCAAGUCCGAGCUCAUCGUCAGUGAGCUCGGUGACCAGGGAUACUGCUGGGUCCUGACUGAUACUGAGCGCGCGCAUAUUGCAACAAUGCUCGAGACUGAUGUAUCUGAAAUUAACCUCCGAGGAAACGUCAUGGACAAGGAGCGUUUCGCCUGCGAGUCCUGUGGCAAGCACUCUGGCCUGGACGAUCUGGUCCACAAUGCUCUCUACGGGGGCGUUCAUUCUAUCCCAUUCAUGCUCGGCGUCUUGGUAGAUGGUCCACACGGCGAGAGCCCCGCCCACGAGCUCGUGUGCUCUCGGUGCACUACCAAGCACAAGCAUUCGGCAAGAUGGCUCCCAAGAUUCAUGUGGAAAUGGAACUAG